GACCAUUUUCAAUUCCAGAUAUUCAUCCUCCUUCUUUGACGACAAAAAUGCUUUGCUUAAAACGGAAAUUCCAGGUUUAGAAAAGAAAAUCUGAUUCAAGCUCCUCUAAUGGCGAAGGCGAUGGCGAUGGGAUGAAGAGAUUGGUAGUACCUAUGGGUUUGUAACCGGCUCAUUCCUUCUAAGCUGCAUUAGGUUACAGCUUCUCAUUUCCUGGAGUAAUGGAUUAUGCAGUUAAGUUUCAGAAGCUAUUCCAUGUUGAAGCCAUGAAGUUGUUACUGGUGAUGGGAAUUAUUGCAUCUAUUUUAGUGAUUCAGUCAUCAUUGACGCGUCCUUAUGGAAAUAUCUUGUCGUCCCUAUAUACUUCUAGUAAUGUUCUUACACCAGGAAUGACCAGCCUCUCAGUUGAGGAUGCUUCUCGUCGAUCAGCUUUUGUUGGUAUCUAUCCCAGUGGGAAUAAUCCUGUCUUGCCUGAUUCAUCUGUAGUUCCUGAAUUUAUAACAAAUACAGAUGCUUCAUCUGUGGUAAAAGAAAUUACUCAUGGAGAUGAAGAACUCAAGAAUGUGUUGUCAAAUGAGAAAGGUGGGGACCAAGAUCAUGAUUUUGAUUUUGAUGCAGAAAGAGAUCCAGAGAGAAGGUUUUCACCUUUGCCUUCCCCUUCCCCUUCACCUUCCCCUUCCCCAUCAGAAGGUAUAGAGCCUGAUGAGAAUUCCACGUCAGAGACUAAUAAAGAACAAGUCGAAUCUGGAGAACUAUCUAAGAGAGACAAUGAUUUGCAUUUAAAGGAAGUAUCAAGCAAAUACGCAAGUCCUGUUAUCCCUCCAGUUGUAUUACCACCACAACUUUCUCGAACUACGAUAAGUCCAGAGAUAUUGGGUUCAGACUCGGGCACUUCCGUCCUAUCUCCAGUGGGUAUUCACACAACAGAACCGUCUUUGAAGGAUGGAGAAUCCGAGUUUUCGUUGCAGGAUGGCCUAACUACUCAGACCAAUAAAGUAACCAUGGAUAAGAAUACUGGAACUCAAACUAAAAGCAAAAUCAUCUCUGCAAGUUCAGUAACCUCAAUAUAUGAAAUGAACAAUUUACUAGUACAAAGUCAUUCCGCCUCUCGCUCGAUGAAACCACGAAGGUCUUCUCCUCGCGACAAAGAACUAUUAUCUGCAAGGUCACAGAUCGAGAACGCUCCAUUUAUAAAGAGUGACAGGGAACUUCAUUCUCCUCUUUUUCGAAAUAUUUCCACGUUUAAAAGAAGUUAUGAACUAAUGGAACGAAUGCUCAAAGUUUACGUCUACAAGGAAGGAACUAAACCCAUCUUCCAUACGCCACCCCUCAAGGGAAUUUAUGCUUCUGAAGGGUGGUUCAUGAAACAGCUGGAGAGAAACAGAAGAUUUGCUGUCAAGGACCCUAGAAAAGCUCACUUGUUCUACUUACCAUUUAGUACAAGAGCUCUACAGCAGACGAUGUAUGUGCCUAACUCACACAGCCAUAAGAACCUGAUCGAAUAUUUGAAGAACUAUUUGGAUACAAUAGUAGCAAGACAUCCUUUCUGGAAUAGGACUGGUGGAGCAGAUCAUUUUCUUGCUGCUUGCCAUGAUUGGGCCCCAGCAGAAACAAAUGACCAUAUGAGCACUUGUAUUAGAGCUCUCUGCAAUGCUGAUGUCAGUGUAGGCUUCAAGAUAGGGAAAGAUGCUUCUCUUCCAGAGACAUACGUUCAUAGUGCAAGUAACCCUCUUAGAUAUUUAGGAGGUGAGCCUCCAUCAAAGAGAAAAAUUCUUGCUUUCUUUGCUGGUGGUAUGCAUGGAUACCUCCGCCCGAUACUACUAAAGCACUGGGAAAACAAAGACCCAGACAUGCAAAUUUAUGGUCCCAUGGGUGGUGGAAGGAAGAAAAAAAUGAACUACAUUCAAUCUAUGAAGAGCAGUAAAUACUGUAUUUGUGCCAGGGGUUAUGAAGUCAACAGUCCAAGGGUUGUCGAAUCGAUCUUCUUCGAAUGCGUUCCGGUGAUUAUUUCCGACAAUUUUGUCCCUCCAUUUUUUGAGGUACUAAACUGGGAAGCUUUUGCUGUGUUUGUACCAGAGAAAGAUAUACCAAAUUUGAAGAACAUUCUUCUUUCAAUACCUGAAGAGAAGUAUUUAGCCAUGCAGACGAACGUGAAGAAGGUACAACAACAUUUUCUUUGGCAUACAAGUCCUUUGAAAUAUGAUGUUUUUCACAUGAUUCUUCACUCUAUUUGGUAUAACAGAGUUUUCCAGAUAACAGACAGACAGAAAUAAGAAAGUGUUAGGUAGGUGUUUUUGACUGGAAAAGUACUUGACUUGUGAACCCCAUAAGACUUAGAGAUAGUUCAAAUUAGGCCAUACAGAAGUGGUGGGUACUAGAUGCUAUGCCACUAUAGUCUGUCAGAAUAUGUAGGGCAGGACAGAAGUUUCAGAAAUGCAGAGAGUUGGUGGGUGUACAGGGUAAUAAUUUAAUUUUGCCUGUAAAUGUUUUCUUGUGGUCAGAUACAUAAAUGCAGAGUUCCCAACUCUUCAUCCCAUCUUGUUUUUUUUUGUGUUUCGUUAGAAGGCUAAUUACCAACCAAAUUGGUAACUUA